GUAGAUGUCACACUUGUGCGUUUUAUCGGGACCUGUCGAUUCCUGCCGAUGACCGACCGCAACAUGUUGCGGUUUGGCAGGAACCAACUCGACGGGAAGUGAAAACAAAACACGUUAUAUUGUAUUGUGCGUGCCACACUGUGCGUUUUAGCGGCUGCGUUUCGUACUUUUUAAUUUUUGUAAAAUUCUUAAUUUAAUUAAUUAUUUAUUUAUAAUAUUUUAAACAUUGCAAAAUUUCGGCUUUUGAAAUGGUUUUCAAUACUGACAAAUUUAUUUCGUGCAUUCAAAAUAGUCCAUCAAUUUGGGAAGUAGGAUCAAAAGAUUACAUGGAUAAAAAUAUAAAAGAAAAAAGUUGGAACACUAUUUGUGAAUACUUCUAUGAAAAUUGGAAUGAAAAAUCAAAUACGGAAAAACAAAACACAGUCAAAGAAAUGAAAACCAAAUGGAGACAUAUACGGGACAAUUAUUCGAAGUAUAUCAACCAGGCAAAAAGUGGUGAUAGUGCUCCAAAAAAAAAAUAUGUCUAUGCUGAAUCACUUUCAUUUUUACAACACGUAAUUAAAAAAAGAAGAACAACUGGCAAUUUUAAUGAACUUGGGCAAGAUAACAAUGGAGAUGAAACUGAAGAAGAAGAAGAAGAGAUUAACAUCACUGUGGGUGCAGAUGAAAUUGAAAGAAAUGAGAACUCACCUCCUUCAACAUUUCAAAAAAAUAAAACUGGAACUUCAAUCACAGAACUGAGGAGGAAAAAAUGUAAGAAAAAUAAUGUUACACAAUUUCAGCAAGAAUUAUUAAGUGCUCUAAAUAAUCCUGAAGAAGAAAAUAACUCUGAUCCUGAUAAGGCAUUUUUAGUGUCUUUAUUACCAGAUUACAAAAGGUUAACAUAUGAACAAAAAACAGAUUUUCGUAUAAUGACCUUACAAUAUUUUAGACAAAUUUCAUUGGAAGCUAACCAAUCUCAACCAUUAUAUGAUGUGCAUCAUAAUGCAACUUAUCCAAGUAUCCCAAAAGAACAUUAUACCUCACAACUAACCUUACCUAUCUUGUCCACAUACGCAUCAUCUACAUCCGAUUCAACGUUAAAAGUACCACCUCAACAGGCUCAACAUUCUAUAGCAUUCCCUCCAUUACAUUCUUCUGGGUCAUAUAUACCUGCAGGCCAAAACGCAUCAUCUACAUCAGAUUCAACGUUAAAAGUACCACCUCAACAGGCUCAACAUUCUAUAGCAUUCCCUCCAUUACAUUCUUCUGGGUCAUAUAUACCUGCAGGCCAAAAUAAUGCCAAUACAAUUUCUGAUUAUUACAAAAAUUAUCAAUAA